AUGGCCGGUCUAAGUUUGAACGAACCACAAACUGAUCCCCUGGAUGAGCGUUGGGCCGGAUGGCUCGACCAAUUUUCGGUUGGUUCGGUGCUUUUUUGCUCUUUCGGUAGCGAUGGUGUUCUGAGCAAGGAGGAGCUGAGGGAGCUACUUCUUGGGUUGGAGGAGUCAGGUGUGCCGUUCAUGGCAGUUCUUAAGUACCCAAACGGUAUGACGGAGAGCGAAGCAUUGCCGGAGGGGUUGGUAGAGAGGGUGAAACAGCGAGGGUUGAUCCACAGUGGAUGGGUUCAGCAGCAGUUGAUACUAGAGCACAAGGCCGUGGGAGGGUACCUGUGCCAUGCAGGCUUCGGAUCGCUGGCAGAGGCGGUGGCGAGUGGGUGUCAGUUGGUGCUGUUACCACAGAAGGGAGACCAGUUCUUGAAUGCAAGGCUGAUGAGUAAAGACCUUAAGGUUGGGGUGGAGGUGGAAAGGAGAGACGAGGAUGGUUGGUUCACUAAGGAGAGUGUAAGAGAGGCCGUGAGGUCGGUAAUGGUGGACAAAGAAGGCCCGGUUGGGAAAGAAGUAAGGGCCAAUCACUGCCGAUUGAAGGAGCUUCUCUUGAACAAGGAACUGAAUAACAGUUAUGUAGACCAACUGCUGGAGAAGAUGGAGACAUAA